AUGGAACUCUACAAGGCUGCCAUGGUACUGGGUGGAGUUGGUGACGCGCUGGGCUACAGGAAUUCCAGGUGGGAGAAAUGUUCUUCAGGUGUGGUCAUUCUCUCUGAGCUGAAAGCUCUGGGUGGAUUGGAAGGGAUAACAGUAUCAGCCGAAGAGUGGCCUGUCAGUGACAAUACAGUCAUGCACAUAGUGACAGCAGAGACACUUGUAUCAGAUAUCUGGUCCCUGACAGACCUCUACCGUGAGAUGGUGAAGGCUUAUGUUGAGAUUGUUGAACAGAUACACAAACGGCAGCCAGACCCAGCCACCAUUGAAGGCUGCUCCCAGCUGAAGCCGGACAACUACCUUCUGGGCUGGCACACACCCUUCAAUAAGAAAGGCUCAGGAUUUGGUGCAGCCACGAAGGCUAUGUGUGUCGGUAUGAGAUACUGGCAGCCUGAGAAACUGGACAACCUCGUGGAAGUGAGCAUUGAGUGUGGACGAAUGACUCAUAAUCACCCCACAGGAUUCCUGGGAUCACUGUGCACAGCUCUGUUUGCAUCGUAUGCCAUCCAGCGCAAGCCAGUAGUGGACUGGGGGCGGGAGAUGUUGAAGGUUCUCAAUGCGGCCGAGACUUACUGCAGGAAGACUAUUCGCCACAUGGCAGAAUAUCAAGAAAGUUGGUUUUAUUUUGAGACUAAGUGGCAGUCGUAUUUGGAAGAAAGAGGAAUUGCUCAGGAGGGGCAGAAUACACCGAAAUUUCCAAAGAUCUACGAUACCGAGGAAAGAGAUCAGGUCUACAGGGAAUGGAGCUCUGAGGGUGUGGGCGGACGAAGAGGUCAUGAUGCGCCAAUGAUUGCCUAUGAUGCCCUCCUCUCCGUUGGCAACAACUGGACAGAACUGUGUAACCAUGCCAUGUUCCAUGGAGGUCUGAGUGGAGCCACGGGCUCAAUCGCUGGCUGUCUCUAUGGCCUGCUCUUCGGAAUGACGAACGUUCCCAAGGGACUGUACCAGAACCUGGAGUUCAGGGAGAAGCUGGAAGAACUUGCAGCCAAAUUGCACAAAGCAGCAAAUGAGGGUGAAACAGUCUGACCAAUCAAAGGGAAUGGGGAUAGGGGAUCAGAAAAAGAGAGACAUUUAAAAACUCUGCCAUUACCACUUCUCUCAGUUGAUUUCAUGCUCCACCUUCAUCAUCUGCCUCCAAAUUCCAUUGUCUUUAGCCCUUUGACACCUCCACACAUCAACUCCCAGCCUCUGUCACUAUUCCCACUCUGCCCUCCCACAUCAGUCUGUUGCCACUCUUCCUUAACUGGAUCUACCCAUCCCUUCCCUCCACUGCUCUAUACUGGCUCUCUCCCCUCUAUCCAUCAGUGCAGAUGAAGGGUCUCUCUCUAUCUGAUAUCUGGACUAUUCAUUUCCCUUCACAGGUUUUGCUUGAUGCCCACAUUUUGUGUGUUGCUCCAGAUUCCAGUGCCUGCAAUCUCUUGUAUCAACGUUUAAAACAGGUUCUCAACCUGACCCCUUGGUUAAUGAUAAGGGUCCUUAGCAUAAAAAACACUGGGGAUCCCUGA